CUCGAAGCGUUAGUAGAUCAUAACCCGAGAUGCAGGUUCUGCGCACCUUAUCAAGCUCCGCGCGCGGCCUGCACAUGCGCGCCCAGGCAGCCACUUCAGUGCGCGCCUUCGCGACAGACAAGCGCUACACGCCUGUGAACGAGGUGCCCGCCAGCGUGUUGGCGAAUGUCAACUCGGAGACAAUCUUCUCCCCCGGAUUCGCUGUGCGCGGCGAGCACGCACCGGUUAAAGGCGCUAAGCCCGCAUAUCUGGAUGUACAGGCUACGUCGCCCAUGGACCCACGUGUGCUGGACGCCAUGCUGCCAUAUAUGACCCACGCGUAUGGCAACCCGCACUCGACGACGCACGAGUUCGGCUGGGACGCCGACAAGGCCGUAGAGCACGCUCGCGGCAGCGUGGCCGAUCUGAUUGGCGCAAACUCGAAGGAAAUUAUCUUUACGUCGGGCGCUACGGAGUGCAACAACGCUAUCCUCAAGGGUAUCGCCCACUUCACAAAGGCCAAGAAGAAGCACAUCAUCACCACUCAGAUCGAGCACAAGUGCGUGCUGGACUCGUGCCGUGUGCUGGAGACCGAGGGCUUCGACGUCACAUACCUGCCUGUGGACACGAAUGGCCUCAUCGAUUUGGAGCAACUUAAGGCUGCGAUUCGUCCAGACACGGCGCUGGUGUCUAUCAUCGCCGUGCAUAACGAGAUCGGGGUGUUGCAGCCACUCAAGGAGAUUGGCCAGAUUUGCCGUGAGCGUAAGGUGUUCUUCCACACAGAUGCCGCUCAGAUGCUGGGCAAGUUGCCGAUCGACGUGAACGACAUGAACAUUGACGUAAUGUCCAUGUCAGGCCACAAAGUGUACGGUCCUAAGGGUGUUGGCGCCAUGUACGUGCGUCGUCGUCCACGCGUGCGCCUUGAACCCAUUAUCUCGGGUGGCGGACAGGAACGUGGUCUGCGUAGUGGUACUCUAGCGCCGCCAUUGGUUGUGGGCUUCGGUAAGGCCUGUGAGGUCGCUGCGCUCGAGAUGGAGAACGAUCACCGCUGGGUGAGCUAUCUGUCUGACAAGCUCUAUCGCGGGAUCACGGACCGUAUCGAACACGUUGUUCUUAACGGUGAUCUUGAGAAACGAUACCCGGGUAACCUUAACCUUUCUUUCGCGUAUGUGGAGGGUGAGAGUUUGCUGAUGGCGCUCAAGAACAUUGCCGUGUCCUCGGGCAGUGCGUGCACGAGUGCGUCGCUUGAGCCGUCGUACGUGCUGCGUGCUAUUGGCGUGGGCGAGGACUUGGCACACACGUCCAUCCGCUUCGGCAUUGGCCGCUUCACAACGGAGACGGAGAUCGACUACGCCGUGGACUUGUGUGUCAAGCACGUGACGCGUCUGCGUGAGAUGAGCCCGCUGUGGGAAAUGGUGCAGGAGGGCAUCGACCCCAACACGAUCCAGUGGAGCCAGGACGCGCACUAAAGAGGCAAAAAGUGGUGAAGAAAGCGAGCUGCACUAGGCGAUUGAAACGGCAACGAACGACAAGACACAGCGUAGCUUAAUAAACCGUUUUGCUAGUUGUCACAUGUAGCAGCUCAUCUCUUUGUAGCCAUGUU